UCCUCUCCUUACCUCCUCUCAUCUUGGCGCUGAGAGGACACAAGUGAAAGCGUCUCCUUCUCUUUUGAACGAGCAGCUCAGUCGCUUCAGUGAAGCUGCAGGACGGAAAAUAAGACCUGCACCUGUCCGAAGGGCAACUUCUGCAAAGCGAGAACCAGAGUUUAUCAUAUCCAAAAUGAAAAUGGAUGUGCCUCUACCUGUGCUGCUGUGUACCAUCUGUUUCCUCAUCCUACCAUCGCCCUCUACGCCCCACCACGAAUCAGAUGAUUCAAAGCUCCUCCAGCUAACCAUACCCACCCCUUCUCCUGUGCUUGCCGUGCUGGGUGGCUCUCUGACUGUGCCCUGUCUGGUCUCUUUGACCCACCCGCCGCCAUCGCCCUCCACCAAUGGCCGCCAUGCUGUGCUGUCUAUACCCCGGGUGAAAUGGAGCAUCCUGUCCCAGGGUCGGGAGACGGAAAUCCUGGUGGCCCGUGGCGACAGGGUGCGAGUCAGCGAGGCCUACAAGGACCGAGCCUCGUUGCUCAAUUACGCCUACUCACCUGCUGACCUCACUCUUCGUCUGGAGGGUCUGAGACAGAAUGACACCGGACACUACCGCUGUGAGGUGCAGCAGGGCCUGGAGGAUGCUGACGAUGUGGUUCAGGUCAAGGUUAAAGGUGUGGUGUUCCAUUAUCGUGAUGCAUCUAGCCGGUAUGCCUUUACCUUUGAGCAGGCCAGAGAAGCCUGCAAGGAUAUCGGUGCUGACAUUGCCACCCCAGAGCAGCUCCUUGCUGCCUACCACAGUGGAUAUGAGCAGUGUGAUGCAGGCUGGCUCUCAGACCACUCCGUGAGAUAUCCCAUUCAGAUGCCAAGAGAGGGCUGUUUUGGAGACAUGGAUGGCCUCCCAGGGGUGAGAAACUAUGGGCUGUUAGAGCCUGAUGAGCUGUAUGAUGUCUACUGCUACGUAGAGCACAUAGAGGGUGAGGUGAUCCAUGGCUCCAUCCCCCAACGCUUUACCUUCUGGGAAGCCAAGGCCUACUGUCUGAGUCACGGUGCAGAGCUGGCCACCACAGCUCAGCUAUAUGCAGCCUGGAAUGAUGGACUGAACCACUGCAGCCCAGGGUGGUUAGCAGACGGUAGUGUGCGGUACCCCAUUGUCACCCCGAGGGAACGCUGUGGAGGUGGUGAACCUGGGGUCAGAACCGUCUAUCGAUACAGCAACCAGACAGGCUUCCCCGAAACUCACUCUCGACAUGAUGUCUACUGCUUCAAAAGUGAUAAUGGCUUUUAUACAGAGUCUCCCCAGGAUUUUCUGGCCACUGAGCCAGAGGACAUUGGCCAAGACAUUGUUUUUUUAACUAAUUCUACCGAGGAGGAGGUUGGUCCAAGUCAAGUUAUGCCAAAGGUUGUUGAAGAGGUGCAGCGUGCCGAGACAAUGAAUCCGGUAAAGCAAAUCCUGGUGGACACUUGGUCCCCAACGCUGGUCUAUGAUAAGAAGCCACUGUUCACAGAAGACCCUCCUCAGCCUGUGACUUCUCCAUCUGAUAAUCAAGAGGACUUGUCAACGAAAGAUACCUGGGAGGUGGUAGAAAAGUCCAGCUACCCUAAGUCCUACCAGACAGUACAUGAAGAAAAUCCAGAUACAGAGCAUGAAGAUUCUCAUGAACUAACAAAUACAUCUCCAAAUGUUGAUAGCGUAGCAACUAUUGAUGAAGAAUCCACCACACCCACUAUUACAGAGAAACCCAUGGAGAAUAAUAUCUUUGAGAUUGAAAGCCUGGAUAUGUUGUUUAUUAAUACCACAUCAGGGACAGCUGUGAAUGAGGAGCAGAGUGAUCUCCCAGUCAUACAAGAGGACCACACUUCAGAUGUCCACUUUGAGCACUCCCCUGUAACUGAACUGGUGCAUACAACCACUUACUAUGAUGUCUCAGGACAGCCCGAAGAAGCCAGCACUGGUACGAUUGAGGACAUGUUGGUGGUGACACCUUCACCCCACACCGAAGAGGAUGUUCACUCCACCACCUUGUUGCCAUCUCUGGAUAACACUACAUCUGAGGACCAUCCAACAGAAGAUGCAUCUGGAGAGGAGAAUACUAAUCAUCCAGAAGAAGAGACCCAAAACUCAUUCACGCAUAGUUGGGUUGGUGUGGAGACCGCUUCCACGUCUGUGUUCUCUAUGUCUGUUUCAAGUUAUGAUCCUACUCAAGUGCAAUCAGGUGUAACAACCCUGUCAUCCAUCCCACUCGACCAUGAGGAUAGGGAAUUCAGUAGUACUACAGAGGAUACAGCACCAGAUGAUCCAACAGAGCAAAGUGGGUAUGUUUACCAAGCCGAAACCUUGACAGCAGAGGGCACCACAGUCACAGAAGUGUCUGGAGAAACUACUGUCCCAACAAGUGAUCUGGUUACUUUGUUGGCAUCCCCGUUCUCUAUAACCUUAUCGCCUCCAUCUGUGGAGGUUGAAGCCAGUUCACUAGAGAUUAUAACUUUCAUACCUGAAAGUAAUGCUUCCUCUGGGGCUGAACUUCUGGAGGACAUUCAGGACAAACUUGAGCAGGAGGGAUUAGGACAAAGUUCCGUAGUCUUCCACAGCACAACCCAAAAUAUCACAGACACUGACCCAGAGGUGAGGAAAACAGACAAGAUAGAGGGAUCAGGUGAAUCAUCAGGAGAAAGCCCACAGAUGAAACCAGAACUCCUUUUGACAAACCCAACUCUCUCAACGGACCACACUUCUGAGGGAAUCGAUGAUGAGGCUGGCACCGAUGCACCUUCUUCAUCUGAGAUAAAAAUCACAUUGAUUCCUCAUGUGACCCUCACACCAGGCUGGGAACCAGAGCCUUCUUCCCUGACACCGCAGGAGUCUCGCUCUGACGGGGAAUACAGCGCUGAGCCUCCUAUGACUGAGCAAGAGGUCAUGGCAGAGAUCACAACAAGCAGCAUUAAUGGUAAAGCGGUACUUCAAAAACAUAUUCAGUCACUUGAAGAACAUGAAUACAAGGGCAGGGACAGAGAGACCAGCACAGACGAACCCUCGGUUAAAAUAUGCACAUGGCAUCCUGAGGAGGAAGAGACCUCCACUCCAUCACUCACCACCGACAGCAGCAGUGAUGUGACCAUCAUUGCUCCCACCUUGCACCCUGGAUAUUUCAGAAAAGAGGACGAGCAGACUGCCAUGGCUGCCUCGCUGCCUGAAGUCAAAGUUUCUGCUGUCAGACAAGACUCCUGCCUGGAGAACCCUUGUUUGAAUGGAGGUACUUGUUUUGAUGGUGAAUCGAUAAGAUGCAUUUGCUUGCCCGGUUAUGGAGGAGACUGGUGCCAGACAGACCUGGAGAUGUGUGAGCCAAGCUGGGAUAAGUUUCAGGGCUUUUGCUAUCGUCACUUUAGCAAACGUCAGAGUUGGGAGGCGGCUGAGCAGCACUGUCGGAUGUGUGGUGGACAUCUACCUUCUAUCAUGACCCCUGAGGAGCAGGACUACCUCAACGAUAAAUAUGAAGAAUAUCAGUGGAUCGGACUAAAUGACAGAACCAUUGAGGGAGACUUCCGCUGGUCAGAUGGUAACCCUCUGCUGUAUGAGAACUGGUUUAAAGGCCAGCCUGACAGCUAUUUCCUGUCUGGUGAGGACUGUGCCGUGAUGGUGUGGCACGAUGGCGGCCACUGGAGCGAUGUGCCCUGCAACUACCACCUGUCGUACACCUGCAAGAAAGGCGCCUCAUUCUGUGGCGAGCCGCCGCUGGUUCCCCAUGCUAAGGUGUUUGGAAAGAAACGGUUGCGUUAUGAGACCAACACCAAGGUCCGGUACUACUGUGAAGAGGGUUUUAUGCAGAAACUGAAUCCUGUAAUCAAAUGUCUGCCUGGUGGCCAAUGGGAAGAGCCGCUGAUUACCUGCAUGCCAACCCAUUCAACCCAUUCAAUAGAAGAGGACUCAGUUACCUCACACCCUGAUCAGCAUGAAGAGUUCAUGGAGGUCGUGAGAGCUACAGAAAAAGCUGCUCCCCUUUUCUGGGACAUUAACUGGAAUAUUUAAGCCAUCUGCCUUGUAAAACAGCAGUGUUUCCCAAUUCUCUUGUGUCUCAAAGACUGCACUGCUCAGUGUGUGCGUCAUGUUAAAUUGUGUAAUCAUGUUAAAACUUUCAUAUUAAAGUCAGCUCAAGGCUACUGUUAAUACCGUCAUGAACAUUUUGGAAGAUGCUGUCAUUUCAAUAUGACUCCCAAAACAGUUUUCUUAUGAGUGAUAUAUCAAAAGAUAAGUAAGGGUCCUAUGCACCACGCAGAACAUUAAAUAGCGUAUUUUUAUCAACAAGCAACAUUUUAUUUUAACAAAUAUCUUAAGAGGUUUUCUAGUUGUUUGCUGUUUAUUGUGUGAAAGGCGCCUUAGUUUUUGACUUUCAUAGAAAAGGACAGUAUUUAUGCAGAAGGAUAUCUUUUAUAUAGCAUGAUUACUUACAAACCUUUGAGGUAACUAAGGACAUAAAUUGUAUCCAUAUCUCUGAGACAACUCUGGUCAUAUCUAAAGUACAAUUUAGUCAUGUAAAUGAGGGUUUUCUCAACAUGUAGCCUACUACAAGAAAUAGGGUGAAAUGAUUCUCAGCUUCAGCUGGUCUGACAUUCACUUGGUUGCAUUAUGUGGCCUCUCCACUAGAUGGCAUCAAAUCAUAUACACGGACCCUUUAAUUUUACAAGUCUGCACUCUUAAAGCACCACUGCUAUAUUGUCAUAUAUUGUUUUUCACAGAUACAGUAUGUAAGGUCAGAAACAACAUUCACAUUCUCACAAUCUUCUGUAGUUGGAAGCAUGACCGAGAUCAUUUAUGUGGGUGCAGUUACUCAAGGCUAUUAACUUGGCAUUAAGUGUCUUGCUCAAGGACACUUUGGCAUCUAGUUUAUGACUUAAAACAUAAGAAGGUAGGUUUCAGAGACAGUGAUCUUGUUAAAAGUAUGAGUUCAAGGCUAUUGCUAUAUUAGUGAGUUGAUGGAUGAUACCGAUGAUUAAUCAUUGUGUUGAGAAAAGAUUUCUAAAAAAUGCCACAAUAAAUCUUUUGAUGCUGGCAUCUCCAAUGCGAUAUUUGCUAGUUUCCCUUAAGAACUCAUGAAAUCUUUGAAUGUUUUUGUCAGACAGUGACACACUACAAUAUGCAGACUUGCAGCCUUACUUUGUGUGUUUUGUGUACACUUUUAAUUGCACAACUUUACAAUAAACAGAAAACCUCUUAUGAAAGGAGGACAAUUGUGAAAUCAAUCCAGAUCAUAUGGAAUUAAUCUCGCUUUUGAGACCCUAGAACACUUAUUCACUUUACCUUGGUUGUAAUCCAGCCUUAUCAGUGACCCCCGUCAGUAAUGUGACUGUGAUUCUGCUCACUGUGCUACUCCACUGAAAGUAGCAAUGCUGCAUGAUCUCUGCGUAUUUUCUUGCUGGAGUACAGCUUAUGUGUUUUCUUUUGACUGAAAGUUUCUGAUAACUGGCAGGAACAUGUUAAGGUGAUUUUUACCCAACUCUAUGAUACUGUUUACUCACAACACUGAUCCCAUCGCAGUGUGAGUCAGAUCAAAUGUGGCCAGACUGAUCAGAUUUCAUUCUGACUAGGGUUUGUUUUGUAUUGUCGACGUGUUUAUCCUGAUCCACAUAGCUGUUAGAAUUACGUGGAAGUUGUGAAUGAGUCUUUUGAAGACUCUUUAAUGUUCCACCUGUGUGCUCCUGACAGUGAUCACACCCCAAGUUUAUUUGGACAGUUAAAUUGCACUCAUUUUAUUAAGCUUCAACAGCUUAAAAUACAGCCAUUUAAAUCCAUGUAGCAUGUAAUUCGACAGAAGAGAUCACACGAAAAAAAAACUCGUACUGAUAUGAUGCCUUUUCUCAACUGUUUUUCAAAUGCAUCUUUACAUUUUUAAAGGCAGUCUGAGUAUCAGAACAUGUUGUCUUACCCGUUGUUGUAGGCGGCUCACCUUCACUACUUUUAUUUAGAUAUUUAUCUGUAGUAGGUUACUUAGGAUGAGAGAAAGUUGAUAGAGGGAUAUAAAUGAGAUUCCACAUUGACAAAUUAAUUCUUUGCUCAUAUGACAUUUUUUAAGAGUGGUAACUGACUGCUUGUACUCUGGUGCUUUUUAUUCAGGUGUAUCCCAGACCAUUUCUUAAUGCUAAAAUAAACUGCACCUAUGGACAGAUGUAUAUUAACAUACAGUGUUAUAUUCAGAAGUUAACUAUUAAGCUAUUUAGAUAUGAGCCUUUUAGACUUCAUCUCUACCAGUUACAGCUGUUUUCAUCUACUCUGAUGAUGUAACGAGUGUAACUAUAGCUCAUAUACACUAUCUUUUCUUGGUAUUAAAAAUAGACCCUAAAGGUGAUGUUACUUGUUGAUCUAAUAAACCUAUUCAUCAUAAAUGUGUAAGUUGAAAUAAUGUAGUUAAAAUAGAUGCAAUGAAAAAUACAAAGUGUAAUUUUGUAACGUAUUCUGAAUUUUUACUGUUGUUACAUGUUGUCUGUUCAUUUAACUGUAUAAACAAUUAAAAAUGAUUUGUAAGAAUUCA